UAACAAUAAUCAUGGUUCUUGUUCUGUCCGCUAUUACCUCCUUUGCUAGAACGUAUAUUAUCUGCAAUGCAGAACGGGAGACACAAUAUAGGCAGAUGGAAAAAUUAGAUAAAACUUGAUACUCAUCCUUUACAAGAGAAACGAUGGAUCCAUCCAUGAGUUGGAGCAAUAUGUCGACAACGGCUUCGUCGUCGGACGGGGAAACCGAAUCGACCUGUUCGGAUGACUCCGAUGAGGCUGAUCGAAUGGAGGAGGCCCUCCUGGGCAAUUCCACCAUUCUACUACCUCAAGGUCUUUGCGAGUCCCCGGAAGUAUUCAAACAGCUGUUAUCUCCAGAGUUAUGGGAGAGCUUAUCAGAUGAACACAGAAAACAUUUGAAGACUUUUCUACCGCAUUUUCCUGAGAACGAUGAAAUGGAAAAAGAAGUUACCUGCCAAAGACUGUUUAACAGAGAAAACUUUAAGUUUGGGAGUCCCCUGGUGGAUUUUCACCGCAACCUUCAGGCCGGAUAUUUUAGACCCGACAUUUGUCAAAUGCGCACUCUUUUGAAGAAAGUGCAACAUCGUCAGUACAAACAACAACAGCGUCGCUACCACUUUCGCACGCUGAGGAAGAUCCUAGUGUCGCGACACAAGUUGCUGGAGAGUGUGUCGAAGGGUGGCAACCUCGGGCAACCUAUGUUGCGCAACUCGGAUUGCAAAGUGUUGCUUGGCGCAUCGCAACAGCGGGCGAGUGCCGUGGAGCAGCGGGUCAAGAGACGCUACUUCCAGGAGUUGAACGCCGUCAGGGAGGAGGUGGGAGAGGUGGGACUCAGCUCUGACGAUGAGAACUACCCAGAGGGUCCCCCGAUCGGCCUGAACAAGCGACAACGGCGCCAUCUGGCCCACCUGGAGCAAUCGCUGUCUCCCGACCUGCCAGUGGUCACCUCCACACUGUGCACGCGACCCGGUCCCGGUCUCGACCUGGAGGCGCGCGUCACGCCUGCGCACAACCCGUUCGACAUUAGCGACGACGCCUAUCGUCACAUGCUCGCCAAACACAAGCGCCGCAGACGAGCCAACCACGCGCAUCCCGAUAUGCAGACUCGCGGCAUCACCUUCAACGAUAUCCUCUCCAGGUGCCAGCUGAACAGAAAGCCUUUCCAGAUAAAAGCUGAACGGGAUUCGAACACACAUCAUCAUCAUCAUCAUCACCAUCAUCAUGUAAAAUCAGCUGUUGCUCCUGCCGCCUCACGUAAACCCAAGGUCAAAGUCAAGGUCGAAACAGCUACUGCUUCGGUGGGGACGGACAUGGAUUUGGACGGCUUUCCCUCGUCGGAUACCGAUGAAGGCGGGGCAGAAGAGGGGGAAUGUGGUGUAGGAGGGGAGGGAGAGAAGGUGGACGUGGUGGGGAUGGGAGAUUUGUCCCCUUUUUUCAAGACAUCGCCGCACAGUUCGCCCCACUCCUGUCACCUGUUCAUCUCGAUCCAGCAAACUGCUGGGAGGUGGAACCGUGUCAGGUGUGAUCAGUCCGGCUGUCAGCCAGCAACUGAGCACCGCUCGCCGUGUCAUCAAAGUGGAGCAGCCGAUGGCCGAGGUGGAAGCCCCGCCCACUUUGCCCCCACCCCCACCACCUCCAGCACCACCACCACCACCUCAGCCCCUGCUGUUACACCAUUGGUCGCUCCUCUUCCUCCGGCCACGCCUCUCCCGCUGGCCACGCCACCCACCUUUGCUGCUCCGCCUCCUCCUCCUCCGCCUACAAUGCCCCAGCAGCAGCAAGGGAAAGCUGUGUUGGGGGGUAAGGGAAAGCCGAUGACUACUACGCCAAUUUCAGUAGCGAGGGUGUUACAACAGCCGCAGCCGCAGCUGCAGCAGCAGACCCCAGUGGUGGUGACUUCGGCCAUCAUAUCGAUACCUCAGGGCAGCAGCAGUGCACCUCUGGUCAGUCACAUAGGUCAGCUCAGGACGCCGGCCACUCUCUCCGACCUCGACGGCAUUGACAUGAUGGAUCUGCCUGUCGACCUAGAUGACACCGACAUUACCAUACAUGACUACAAACCGGACGUGGAGCUGAUGCAAGAGACGCAUGCCUCGUUCUUCUCCCUGCUGCGAGACAUAAUCUGUUCGACGGCCGAUCACCGCAUGUCUCUGCCGGAGCUGGAACAGCGGCUCACACAGUGGGCAGAGUCACCCAUAUCGCCCUUGAAUGAGUGGUACAUGCAUGACCCACAUGCAUGGGUCACGUCGUCGCUCGCCUUUCUCGCCGGAGAGUAUACUGAAUGGCAGCCGGAUGACUUUGUGCCCUACCUAGAGUACAAGUCAGCGUUGCGCGUGUACCAGUGGAUCGGUGCGGGGAGGGACACCGACGCCCACCUCACCCCCCUCUGUCGCCUGUGGUUGGACAAACGCGAGCAGAUGGGUGGCAGGGGUGUGGGGGUGAGAGGAGGUGAGGAGGAGGAGAUGGAUGAGGAGAAGGUGUUGACAACGGAGAGAGAGAGACUGUUGGCGGCCACGCCUCCUCCGCCCCGCUCGCCCACUGAUUGGAUAGUGACUCCCUCCACGCCUGAAGAGAGGGAGGAGUUUAGGACUCAGGAGCGGCUACGCUAUGAUAACCCACACAAGGCGUUCACGUUCAGGCAGCACGGCUAUGAGUCGGUGGUGGGACCUGUGAAAGGCAUGUAUUGUGCCACCAGCCAACCACCCGGACCCCUCAAGGCCAGAGGACAUUCCCUGCUCAACGACAAACGACCAAACUAUGUCACCAUACUUGCGCUAGUUCGAGAUGCGACAGCUCGACUACCGAACGGCCAGGGUACGCGGUCAGAUAUCUGCACCCUGCUGAGAGACUCACAGUAUCUGGCAACAUUGGCACCCGACAGUGAUCUCAAUUCGGUCGUCAGUGGAGCUCUAGAUCGACUGCACUACGAACAGGACCCGUGCGUUAAGUAUGAGACUAAACGGAAGAUCUGGAUCUAUCUGCAUCGUAAUAGGACUGAAGACGAAUUCGAGAAAAUGCACCAAAUCCAACAGAAGUCGGGAAAGCCGAAGAACACUCGCAAGGCUGCCAGGGCUAAGGCCGCUGCUGCUAACAGCCAAACCAAGUCUGACCAACCGACGACUCCAGGCGGCAAGUCCAAAUCCAAAUCAGCUGCCAGCAAAGCAGCAGCUGCACAACAACAGCUGAUUCAGCAGCAGCAGCAACAACAGCUGAUUCAGCAGCAGCAGCAGCAGCUGAUUCAGCUACAGCUGCAGGAUCAUUCGUCGGUGACAGCGACCGCGGCAGCUGUGGCCGGCAUUCCCAUACAGGUCAACACCAGCGAAGCUACAGUGCUGCCAAUUUUAUCGUCGACCUUGGCAACAGCUGUGAACACAGUUACCACCAGCACAGUUGGCAACACUGUAACGGACAGCGCUAUCCACCUAACACAGGGCACCAGUGUUGCCAACAAUCCAGUGCUAACACAACGAGUGACCAGCAUAGCGCAAACGUUGGCAGUGGCUGCAGCCAAAACGGUCACUCACAAGACCACGGCAGCCAAUCAGAAGACAGCUGCAGUUGCGGCAGCCAAUCAGAAGUUAGCUGGAACGGCGGGAGCCAAUCAGAAAGCGGCUGGAACUGCGGGAUCCAAUCAGAAGGCGGCUGGAGCGGCAGGAGCCAAUCAGAAGGCGGCUGGAGCUGCGGGAGCCAAUCAGAAGACAGGAGGAGUGGCUUUGGAAGGGGGAAUGGAGCAAGUUACCUUGCCUGGCGCUCCUAAGAAGAUAAUAAGAAGUAAAGGUGCGGCGAAAACAAAACAGGCCAAACAAGCUGGAGUAUCGAAUGUUAGAAGGAUAUCAGAUGCAGCUGGGGGCAGCAACUUGGCAGUGACGGGUGUUCGGCGUAUAAUGGACCCAGGAGGCGGUGGAGUGGGGGCAGUGAGGCGAGUUGCCACCCCGGAGCAGCGCCAGAUCAAGACACUGAAGCCGGCUGGGGGCGGUAAAGAAAUAGCAGCAGCCGCCUCCAGUAUCAUUGAUUCUAGUGCAACUCAGGCUACUUUGAACAAGUUAGCGAUGGGGGCUGUUUCGACACAGGCAUUGCAAGGCAUCACGAAAACCACGCCCGCUAAGUCUUUGGUCAAAGUUAUCACUACACAGGCUGGUGGACCGGUAACUGCCCACAUGACCCAACAACAGAUGCUGUUACUGAAACAACAGCUGUUGAAUGAGCAGAAACAACAACAGCUGCAGCAACAGCCAGCGCAACAACAACAACAGCUGAUUGUGAUGAAGCAGGCGACAUCAGCUGAUCAGCAGACGUCGGCCGGCGGUGGCGGACAGAUGAUUGUCAUCAAUCAGCAGAUGGUCGAUCAACAACAGCUGACGGCCAAACAGCAGAAGCAUCUGCAACAGAUUCUCGUCAAACAACAGCUGGAACAACAGCAGCAGACACAACACCAGUUGCAGCAGUUCAAGAAACAGUUUCAGCUGGCCAAACAACAACAACAACAGCUGAUUGGCGAACAACAAAAGGCUGGUAAACCACAACAACAAAUGAUAGUACUCAAACAACAGCAACAACAACAACAGGUCGGGCAGGCACAACAACAACAACAGAAGUCAACAACUGAGCAACAGAAAACAGUGCAGCCGAUGAUAUUUGUGAAGCAGCAACAGAUUGUUGGUGAUGCUUCACAGCAACAACAGAUCACGCCGCAACAGUUUCGCCAGCUGCAACAGGUGCUGCUUGUCAAACAGAAGCAGCACCAACAACAGCAGGCGCAGCAACAGCCGAGCCAACAACAGAUUCUGCAACAACAGCAGAUGGUGUUGGUGAAGCAUCAGCUGGAGCAGGCUAAGAUACAGACGGCUAGUGGGCAGCAGGUCAAGGUGUCGUCAGCCCAGCCUUUGACGUUGUCACAAUUGCAACAAUUCCAACAGCAGCAGGGUCAACAGCAGACGCAGAGGAUAAUUGCCACUCCCAACGUCCUGGCGCAGACCAGAGUUGUUACCAGUGGUGGACAGACAAUGGUGUCAGCGGCCAACACGAGUCUGUUGAAGCAACAACAACAACAGCAGCAGCAACAGCAACAACAGGCGGUGACUGGUGGCACCCCUAUGGUGGCCAAAGUGGUGACCGCUCAAGGACAGUCGGUGCUUUCAAUGGAGAGUCUCAUAGCGCAUCAGAAAGCGGGUGGAGCUCUGCGAGUAGCCGCUAGCAAGCCUGGAAUGCCUACACAGUACACAGUGGUGUCAGUAGCGGCAGGCAGUGGGCAGCCGCGCUUGCUGCAAGCGGUAGCGGCAACCGCGUCAUCGCAACCGUCGACGGUGGUGAGCAGUGGCGGUACCGCAACGUCGGCUGCGGUUGCGGCAAGCGGCAGCGGUGGCGGAGGCAAGUCUGCGGCCGCGGUAGCAAUGCAGCAGGCAGUUGCGGCGGCGAGCGGAGGCGGAAGUGGAGGCGCGGUUACCGCAAGCGGAGGCGGAAUCCGCAUGAGCGGAAUCAACCUGACGCACAUCGGCGGAAAGCCAGUGUUGUUGGCUAGCAAGCCGCAGUCUUUGCAGGCUCAGAACGUGAUCCUGGCGUCGCAAGCGGGUGCGGCCGGCGGGGCGCAGACGGUGCUGCUGGCGCCUCAAGGCCUGCGAGGCGCGCAGACGGCGGCACACGGCACACUCACGGUGCUGCAACAGGCGCCCCAACAGAUCCUGCUGCCACCCGGCUUCCAGGGCGGCACACUCAACAUCAAGACACUGCAAGGCCUCAAGGUCAUUCCGCUCGCCGCGCAGACUACCGAAGGUGGCACGGGUCGUCAACAAGUGUUUGCCCGUAUAAUCGGACCAGCCGGCAGCAUAAGACCAACAAUAGCGAAUGUUGCCAACAUUGUGCAACAGGAAUCCAAUGCCGCUCCAGGGCCGCAUACUCAACCAUCUCAACAGUCGCCUUCGUUCGAAUAGAACGCCGUUAAAUCUAUUUGACCACCGUUAAAGUUGGUGGAAGUCCUAUUAGAUCCGUAUUUAUUUGAGGUCAUAUUUUUGCUUGUAUAAGAUUAGCCAUGAAUGAAUCCUAUCAUAAACGAAACCCGUUAUUUAAAUACAGUACAUUAGAUUUGAGAUUCAUUUUGAUUUAGGAUUUUAUUGUUUUGAAUAAAUUCAAUUUCAAACGAAAACUGUUAUUCAAAUACAGUACAUUAGAUUUGAGAUUUAUUUUAAUUUAAGAACUUAUUGAUUUGGAUACGAAUAACGUUAGUCCAGUCACUAUACAUUGGUGCUUGCAAUUUAUAUUUUAGUUCUGAUUUUAUUCUGUUUUGCCAUUUUUUGUGUAUUGGAAUAUCGGCUUAAGUACACUCAACAAUAAAUUUUCCAAUUUUUCAACCAAAUUUCACUUAUGAUGCAUAAUUUUGGACCGUCUUGACGAGCCGAGAAGAAUGAAGUGUAGUACGAUGAGAUCUGAGCAUUGUGUCAAAAGUUAUGUGUUUGAAAUUUUGAUUCUAGAGGUGUCCUGAUGCGCGCCUCUCCACUAGGGAAUACUGAAAUGAAGUGCAUGUAACAGGUGAUUCUCAUAGAACAUAAUCUCAUGAACUUAUAUCAUUGUGCGAAAUAUCAAUGUGAGGACAAAGUAGUUGGUGAUGAUGGUUGAAGCUGAAAAUUGAGUGUUUUUUACAAUACAAAGAGCAUUGUUGUCAGGUGUACCUGGAAAUCUAUUUGAGAUAGAGCGCUCUACUUGAUCUCAGAUUGUAGAGCACAAACAUACGCCCAGAGGGAUUUUGAAUUAUACAUCUAAAUGCUAUCAAUCGUAAGAUAUUGUUGAUCAAAAACUAAAAUUCAUUAAAACUGAUUUUUUUUUAAAUUUUUGAAAAUUAAUCAUAACUCAGUACUCAUUAGAGAUAGAGAGUUCCGAAUGAUUUCAUUUUAUUCAGUAUUUUAUAUUCUAAAAAAGGCGAAAGCAGAUUUCUCUGUCCGAUUACUGGAAAAUGAACAGAAAAUAUGAGUUUUUUGGGCCAUUCUGUAUCUAGCACAAGGAAAUUUUGCAUGAAGAAAUUGGCUCGGGACUUCUCUCAUGUAUCCAAAUAAUAUAUUAAAAAAUCAGAACUGUAAAAUAAAUUGCAAGCACGUCCGCUUUUUAUGUCUAUAUUUACUGGACUACAUUGAAUAAAUUCAAUUACAAACGAAAAACGUUAAUUUGAAUAGGCCUAAAGUAGAUUAGAUUUGAGAUCCAUUUUAGAUCAAACAGAAAUUUAGUGGUUUAAACCAUGGUUUAAGUAGCAAUCCCUAUUAAAUCCAUUGAUGAUCCAUUCUAGAUCCAUAUUUAAGAUCUUAUUUGGAUAAGAAUGACCUCAACUAAAAUUCAAGUUUACCAAACUCUGAUGUAGGUAAUUGAAUGUACACUAAUUGUACAAGUCAAUAAAAUGACAUCUAAAACAGAUCAAACAAAAAUUAAGUGGAUUAAAGUAGCAAUUCUAAUUAAAUUUUAUAUCACUCAGAUUAAACCAUGGUUUGAUUCGAAAGCUGGUGGUUUUUCAACACUAAGCCCCGAUUUCACAAAAGUCGGUUAAAUUCUUCAAUGUUGUUUUCCAUCAUGAACUGCUUAUUAUUAAAUCACUUUUUGCCAUUGAAAAGAACGACUAUCAGUCAGAAUUUUUUACAGUAAAUGAAUUAAUCACUCACUGUGACGAGAUCUUUCGGCAGGUUCGCCAUCUUCUUGGUUGUAUUCAUAGACAAGUAUAAGGAUAGGAUGGCAAUUUUUAGUGUGCUGUUGGUCGGUUAAAUUUUAAUCGUGAUUAAAUGUCACGAGAACCAAUUAAAUAAUACUUGUUUCGGAAAAGCAUAAUAAUUAUAUUCUGUUUGACUCUCAUGGCAUUUAAUCAUGAUUAAGAAUAAACAGGCUUUUAUGCAACUGGGACUAAUAGGAUUCACCUUUUUUGACCUAAUGUUUCUACAACGCAAUAUACUAAAUAUUAUAUUAGAUUUAUCUAUAGAGAAAAUUUAUUAUAAGGAAAUGGAUGUGAAUAUAGUGAUUUAUAUCAGUUUUAUAUCAAGAUUAUAAUAAUAAAUAGUUUAUAAAUUGUAUAUAUUGAAUGUAGAGGUAUACCAAGAUGUUAAUAAUAUUCAACAAGUGAUGUAGACAUGUAAGAUAAGUUAUAAUUUGUUUUUCUAUCAAAUCGGUUCAGUGUUUAAUAAUGAAUUAAUUACAUGCUGCCUGCAAUCUGCAUAUGAAUACAAAAUGUAGACCAAUUUAGAAAUAUGAUAGACUAAUGUUGCAAUAAUAUAUAAUGCUAACUAUGAGUGAUAUUUUCAUACAAUAGAUUAGGUUUAGUAUUCAUUUGAUUAUCGUUAAUAUUGAUGUACAAAUUAGGAGGUAAUUAGUGAAUAAGCCAGCAGUUCUAACUUCUAAGAAGGUGUAAACCGAUAAUACUCAUUUUAUUCUAAAAAUUAUUUAUUCUAAAUUUAUGUUCUGUGUUGUACUGAAGUUGAUGUGGUGUAGGCUGUAUUCAAACUUCUCUGUGAUUGAUAUCAGAAAUAUUUAUUUGUGAAAAAUGUUAUCCUCAAAGUUUAUUUAUAUGUUUAUUUCUUAUACAUAAGAAACCUAGAAACGGACCAAGUCCAAGACGACUCUUUUUCCUAAUUUUGAUCAAAAGUUCAAAUGUAGACUAUGUAGCUAUUUCCAAUAUUUCUUCAAGAUUUCAGUAUUUUUCUGAAGCCUUUUGGGAUUGGUCUCAAUAAAUUUAUUUUAGUUAGUUAAUGGAGUAUUUCAACAAUCUGGACCUGUACUUAUGUACUAUUCUAUUAUUUAGUUAUGUUUAAAAUUGAAAAUGGGUAAAAUUCUAAAUAAAUAUCAGUAAGGAUAAUCCUAUGCCAAAAAUAAAUGCAUACUUAAUACGAA